CUCCGUGCGCUCGGAUGACGUACAAAGUGCGCGACUCUUCCUAUCAACAUGCGGGAUGGAUGUGUUGACUGUAGCCAACGUGCGAAGUGAGAAAUAAGUCAUUUACACCACUGUAAUAGCCGAAAUAUCCCGGGGUUGGCAUUUUUAUCGCGAGCAAGAUGGCAAAUACAAAUCUUCAGUUCAAAACAAAUUAUGAUGUUUCUAGCAAGAUUGAGCCUUUUUAUAAAGGAGGAAAAGUACAGAUCAGCAAAGAUGAGAAGUACAUUUUUUGCACCUGUGCAUCCCGUGUCAAUGUUUUGGAGAUCAGCACAGGAAAGAUCGUCCACAGCAUUGAACACGAUGAUCAAGAGGACAUCACAUCAUUCGCACUCAGCUGUGAUGAUGAGCUGCUGGUAACAGCAAGCAGGGCCCUGCUGCUGAAGCAGUGGGACUGGAAGCAAGCUCAGUGUACGCGCUCCUGGAGGGCCAUUCACACUGUGCCAGUAGCCAGCAUGACCUUUGACUCCACCUCCACGCUCCUGGCCACAGGUGGCUGUGACGGCACUAUAAAGCUUUGGGAUGUGGUGAAGCAGUACUGCACCCACAACCUUAAAGGGUCAUCCGGUGUUGUGCACCUGGUCGAGUUUCACCCAGAUAUCAACAGACUGCAGCUAUUCUCCUCGUCUCUGGACUGCGGCAUUCGGCUGUGGGACUUGCGCUCCAGCCAGUGUGUGUGUGUGCUGCAGAGCCACUACAGCGCUGUCACGUCUCUCAGUUUCAGCGCAGAUGGCGGCACCAUGAUCAGUUCUGGCAGAGAUAAGAUCUGCACAGUGUGGGAUCUGAAGAGCCAGAAAGCCAAGAGAACUGUACCGGUCUAUGAGGCUGUGGAGGGUGUUGUGCUGCUGCCUCAGAAACAGGACUUCUCUCAGAUCGGAGUAAAGAGCAAAGACUUACAUUUCAUCACAGCUGGCAGCAAAGGUGUGUUGAGAGUGUGGGAGGCCAGCACGGCGCGCUGUGUCUACACCCAGACCCUCCCCUCCACCCUCAGCCCCAUCUCUGAGGACGAGGAAGAAAAGGACGACGACCCCCGCAGCUUAGUGUACCUGCUUCACCUGCCUGCCUCCUCCAGACUGGCCACAGUCACUGCAGAGCACAACAUACUGCUCUACCAGCUGCCCGGUCUCACCACACAGCAACAGUUUGUGGGUUACAGCGACGAGGUGCUGGACGUGAAGUUUCUGGGUAAAGGUGACAGCCACAUCGUGGUGGCCACUAACAGCUGCCAGAUCAAGGUGUUUGAGCUGCUCACCAACAGCUGCCAGAUCCUCUACGGACACACAGAUACUGUCCUCUCACUGGACGUGUUCAAAAAGGGCUUUCUAUUUGCAAGCUGUGCGAAGGACAGGUCAGUGCGUGUGUGGCAGAUGGACAGUGACAGUGGGCAGGUUCACUGCGUGGCCCACGGCUCCAGCCACACUAAUGUUGUGGGCUCCAUCACCUGCUCCAGGAUGAAGGCAUCUUUCAUCGUGUCUGGUAGUCAGGACUGUACUGUAAAGGUGUGGGAUCUCCCUGCAGACUUGUCUAUGGCAGGAGCAGAUAUACAUCAGCUGACCGCCCGCGCCACAGAGAAGGCACACGAUAAGGAUGUCAAUAGCGUUGCAGUCUCGCCCAAUGACAAGCUGCUGGCAUCAGGCUCCCAGGACCGCACGGCCAAGCUGUGGUCCUUGGCGGGGGAGGGGACCGUGGGCCUGCUGGGGGUGUUUCGGGGCCACCGUCGCGGCGUCUGGGCCGUCUGCUUCUCUCCUGUGGACCAGGUGCUGGCCACCUCCUCUGCAGACGGCACCACCAAACUGUGGAGCCUGCAAGACUUCAGCUGCCUGAAGACAUUUGAAGGGCACGAUGCAUCAGUUUUGAAGGUCAUCUUUGUGAGUCGAGGCACUCAGCUGCUCACUAGUGGCUCAGACGGUUUGGUAAAACUGUGGACCAUAAAGACCAACGAGUGUGUGAAGACGCUGGAUGCCCACCAGGAUAAAGUGUGGGGUCUCCACGCCAGCCGCAAAGAUGACAAGAUGGUGACCGGGUCAGCAGACUCUAACAUCACAGUGUGGCUGGAUGUGACUGAAGUGGAGCUAGCAGAGGAGCAGGCCAAGCAGGAGGAUCAGAUACUCAAGCAGCAGGAGUUGUCCAACCUGCUCCAUGAAAAGAAAUAUCUGAAGGCUCUGGGCCUCGCCAUCUCUCUGGACCAGCCUCACACUGUGCUCACUGUUAUCAAAGCAAUCCGUGAGGUGGAGGAUGGCCACAAGCUGCUGGAGAAAACGGUGCUUAAACUUCGCGUGGAUCAGAAAGAGUCGCUCCUGCGGUUCUGUGCGGUGUGGAACACGAACGCCAGGAACUGUCUGAAUGCCCAGGCUGUCCUCCGGGUGCUCCUCACACACCUGCCGCCCGAGGAGCUGCUGCAGUACCAGGGUGCACGCACACACCUGGAAGGACUCAUCCCAUACACAGAGAGACACAUGCAGAGGAUUGGCCAUCUGCUGCAGAAGUCCAUGUUCCUUAACUACAUGUGGCAGAAGAUGAGAGUGGCUGGAGCACCAUCAGGCAUGGGCCAAGAUGAAGAAAUGGAUACCACUCCGCUUGAGAAGACCCAGCCUCUAUUUAUGAUUGACAAGGGGAAAGAAAAGGGCAGCAGUGAGGAGAAACAAGACGGAGACGACAGCGAUAGCGGACAAGACGAAGAUCCAAACUGCCCUGUCGAGGAGAUGGAAGACGACGACGAUGAGGUCAGCGCCACCAAGAAAGCCUCUGCCAACGUCAGGCGAGCGCAAAACGGAGGGGGCGCCAAAACAAACGGCAACCACCACUCUGAAAGUGAGGAGAGUUCAGAAGAGGAAGAUCAAGAAGAGAGGGAUCAAACGACAGUAAAAGCGGUGAAAUGUCUUCCAGCGUCCUCCACGCCACAGUGCCAGACUUUCACCAGCUGACAGGGGUCACUGAGUUGAACACAGAUGACUCACUCCUGGAGUAAAAAAAAUCCCCAGGAAAUCUUCUUAUCUCGGACCAUUAGCUGGAGCGACACACUGAAUGUGUGUCAGUGCGGGGGGAGAGACGGAGAAACAGGUGUGGAAUGAUAAUUAUACAGGUAAUGGGCCUCUCCGUGUAUUCGCCUCUCAGCAGCUUUCAGUCUCAAACGGUGCACCAGUUCUUCAACUCAGACUUUGAGCAGAUUCUGAAGAACACUGUAAACUUAACCACCCUGAUUUCUUCAGAUAAAAUGGACAGUAGGGAGGAAAAGAGGAGGAAGGAUAGAUAGAAGGAAGAAAGAUCAACAUUCAGGCUGUCAGUCAGGACCAUCCUCCCCUACAGCAAAUACCAGCACCCAUUGUCUACUUCUGCAAUGUUGUGUAGUCCUGAUAUACCAGCUCUACCACAACAACAACAACAACCACACAAAAGGUCUCUUAUAUAAGCAAGGAUGUUUUUUUAUGUCAUGACUACAAAUGUUUAUAAAAUAAAAAUUUGUUUCCUGUGAUUUAAAA